AUGUCUUGGUAUGCCGUGAGAACUCAUAGUCAUAACCUUCGCCUUCAUUCCACAUUCAUGGAAUCCCAACUAUCGGGCCAGCACGCACUUACUGUGAUACGACUAUUGAAUAGUGCUAUAAACAAAAAAGUUUUUGCUUUAAGUACACAUGAAAGUGUUUUAUGGCUAAAAUUGAUUAUUAAAAUAAAGUUAAACCCUUUUAGGGUAUUCGCCAUGGUGGUUGAAGCAAAUCCCAUUGUUGAAAACCGCACAGAUGAUAGAGUACACAGUUCGUCUUUAAGGCCGAGAGCUGGCGGCGACAUCAUUCCAGAACGUUCCGUUGGUACCCUCGACUUAAACAUGUCAUAUUCAGCGCCCUCCAACUUAGUUCUUACGCCGGCACCUGAAUGUCGCAAGCUUUCCAGAGGGAUAUCGAGGGCGACGGAUAAUGAAGGGCUUGUGUGGGCGCUACGUAGCAACACCGAGCCCGAGCCUAAUACUCUAUCCUCCGAUCACAUCCUCUUGUUACCGGAUAUAUCAGUAUAUCCACCGGAUUUCAGGAUAUUUAUCGAAAAAGACCUACUCGAAACAGCUACACUAGUGACACUCGAGUCCGCUAGUAUUUUAAACUGGUGGCGUCACGGGCGAGUGCCGGGGGCUCCCCGGCUGUUGCCUCUCGCGACGUCUGGGGAUGGGAACUGCCUGCCUCACGCUGCUUCAUUGGCCGCCUACGGAUUUCACGACAGAUUAUUAGCUUUACGAACGAAAGUACAGGCAUUGCUUUCGGGGGAAGGUGGUGAUGUACUUACACGGGCAAUAAAACGUCGUUGGCGUUGGUCUGAAAGCCUAUCACUCAGGACUGCGGGUCUGACCCCGUCUGAGUCUGAGUGGGAGAGAGACUGGCACGACGCGGUGAUAGCGGCUUCAGCCGAGCCCAGACCCAGACCGCAGCCAACCUCGGCCCCGCACUACACCGGUCUGGAGCAGCUCCACGUGUUCGCGUUAGCGCAUGUUAUGAAGCGGCCGGUCAUUGUGUUCGCUGAUGUGGCGUUACGGGAUUUCCGAGGGGAUCCGAUAGCACCAAUACCAUUUGGUGGGAUCUAUCUACCCCUGGAGUUAGAACCGGAGUUAUGUAGUAAGGCUCCGAUACUAUUGGCAUACGACGCAGGACACUUCUCUGCCUUGGUCCCUUGCGAGCCGCUGCCCACUGACGGGGCAAGAGUCCCUCUAGAAGACCAAACUGGAAAUCCAAUGCCUAUACGAUUCAACGUAGAUCCGGGCGAAGAUUUCAAAUGGGAUACAGAACCUGACCAAAAAACCAUAAACAAUUUGCUGCCAGACGAAUACCAAAGAUCUGCCAUGUUAGCUGCUUAUUUAGACCUUGAAAGAGUCGAAUGUUUAACGCAAAGCCAGCCUCCAGAAGAACUAAGAAGAUCCCUAGAUGCGCUAUCGGCCAAAAGCUCAAAGCAGCUUAACUCAGUAGCCAAACAAUUUGGAAGUAUUGGCAGAUCAAUGAGUAGCAAAUUGAAGAAGAAUUUCGGAUCGAUGGCCAAAUUAGGUAAAUCUGGAAGUCAGAGUAAUCCAGAAGAAGGGAUAAUAAGGCGGCAGUCGACUUGUGAGGUUUUGUGUUGCAGAGUGCUGGCGGCGCGGGCGCCGGUGCAGGAGGAGAUGGUCAAAAAUUACUUAAACGAGGCUUGGAUUGGGUAUACAGCAGAAAAGAACAGAAAAGAAGAAAGCAGUCAGCCUUCACAACCUAGGUAUGGCACGGGUCGGUCGCAGUUCUAUGCUGAAGCAGAUAGAAAUGCACAUGAAAGUGCAAGAACAUUGGCAGCUAAACCCGUCAAACCUGCACAGGAUCGAACCUUGUACCUUUCCAAGUCAACUUUCUAUGACGACCGUCCCCCAUCACCGAAACCAUGUAGAGCCCCGCUUUGUAUGUACUAUGGAAGUCCGGAAAAUAACGAUUACUGUUCUAGAUGUGCUAAGUUACAUUAUAAUAGCGUGUGCUUCCAAUUUAAUACG